GGAGCCUCCCAUGGCAACUGAAGAAUAGCAGUGUGCUUUAGCAAUUUUUUGUGAAUCCAUCGUGGCUUGUAUUGUGGACCCUGCAGUAAACCCUGAAACAAGCCGUUUGCAUGACAUCCAGAGAUAUUCUGUUGCUGAUUUUCAUCAAAAACAAUGUGGCAAAGAUUUUUUGGAAACUCAGGUCCGGAGGAGGGAGGCACAAACGCCCUCACUGCGAGUAUAAACGAGUUGUUUCAGAGUCGGCCAGAAGGUACUUGUCUACAUAUGUCAUUUCCACUUGGAACUGAUUGAAUCUUCCGUUUUGUGUAUUGUAACCUUGAACUGCAGCGCAUUGUUUCCUCUUCCGCUUCUGUGCAGAUUUCCUCGUCUCCAGCGGUCUUGAUGUGUGCGAUGGCGAGUCUGGCGCGCAGGAGCAUCCGAAGACCUGCAGACAACUGCCGGGCGCAACGGGGCGCGAGAGGAGUAGACAAGCAAGUGGAGGAAACCAUUUACAGCAUGACAUGGAGCGAGGGGAAGGACAACCGGGUUUUAUGGCACACACCAAGCAAAGUCGGCGUGCCGCGUCAGCAGCGCCGGCUUCUCCGAGAGACUGGCAGACAACACUGCGACCGUCCGCCAAAAGUUCGCGUACUAUUAGCGGUAGCGGUUCCAGCGCAGGCUUGAGCAACCGGCGGUCGUGUGGAGGACCUUCGCGAAAGGACUUCCCGAAGGGGUUAGCGUCAGAGAUUACCGGAUCCGCGGGUCAAGCUCAUCCUGGUGCUGCUGGUGGUGAAAAGACUUUGGCUGGUACAAGCAGUGCUAGCGUGCGGGAAUCGAUGAAAAGCAGGGGAGCAAGCACAGGAGCAACAGUGUCAUCGGCCAGCACGUCUGCAGUUGAAAGGACUAGAACAACGACCACGUCGCCUCCAGUUACAUUGCGGAAUUGUCCUAGUGGCCAAACAAUGCCAAGAGCGCCACCGGUGCUGGCUUGUAGCCCAGGAGGCGGGUACGUGGGCGCCAGCAGGUCGAGCCGCAAGAACGUGUAUGGCAUCACUGCUGGAGCUGGGGAGAGCCCGCCGUCGCUUGCGGAGUGUGGCGCGGCUGUCUUCGGUUUGGAUCGCUUUGAGGGUCUCGACGCAUCUUCUGGCAGAGGUAGAGUUUUUCAUACUGUAACUGAAUAUAGUGCUGGUGGUAGUGGAACGUUGUUCGAAAAUUCCUCCGCCAGUUCGGCCUCGGCUUCUUCUAUGCGGGGACGUCGCGGCGCUCCGCGCUCCGCCUGUCUCUCGGCCUGCGUGUCGGCCCAAGACGGCAUGGGAGCCAAUUCGCCGCUGCGGCGACGAGGAGUGAGCCCCAGUUGUGUGGCGCCAGUAGAAAGUCCGGAUAUUCUUGGACCCACAAAAAGAAUUGGACCACCACCCCCUCCAUGCUCAGCAGAAGCGCAAAACAGGCAGCUACUCGGUUUUUCAAGCGCGGCCACCGACCACUCGUGGCCAACGUCGUAUGGUCAAAGGGGAGCAGUUGGCAGUGGUGAUGAAGUGAUGCCAAGCACAGCGGGGGGCUUCUUUGGGCAACCUCUGGUAGAUUCGGCUCGUGAACGUGGCCGGUCGCUGCAAGAGUCGCGUGUCUUUGGAGGGCAGAUGAUCGGGCUGAUGAUGCCGAGAAUAUCCCUCGGCACCAGAAUCGGUAGUCGCAGCAGUACGCCGCGGUGUGCGAGUGGGCUGAACAACAUUUUUAAUCCGACGUCCGCUAACGGUGACGCUGGAAGAAGCCUGCAUCUGUUCCCAACGCCGCGGUCUGCUGCAUCGAGCGUUUCACCAAGAAAACGUGGUAUCGAGGCGAUUUCGCGAAUCGGUUUCAGGACGUGUUCUCUUUCAUCUGCAAGGCACUACGGUGUUCCAGAGGACAUACGGAAGCAGCAGGAGGCCAUCGAUGCCCAAACAGCAACGGCGAAUAGAGACUAUUCGGAGCAGGAGCAAAGGGUUGUGCUCACGCCGUCCCUUGGAGGAAAGCGCAGGGAGCCAGGUGUGCUGGAGGACGAUGGUCCAUCGCGGGUGGAUUCGCUCGCGUGCUCGCGCCAGGUGUCGUUUGAUGCUGUCGUGCUUGGAUCCGCAGAAGCGUCAUCGAAAUCGACGUGUCGCGAGGAGGAUUCUUCUAGUCAUGGUGCAAAAGAGACUUCUAGGAGUCGGAGUUUGACUCCUUUGCUGCAAGAUAGUGCAGCUGAUAAUAGUUGCACUAGCUCCGGUGCUCCUGCACUGAAAAAGAGAAGGCACAAGGACAAAGCGCGUGCUUUUCGUGCAGAAGUGAACGAGACGCGGCCACACCAAGAGGCGAUUAAGGAUGACACACAUGCUAUGGAUACUCGGUUGCGCAGCCUUUUCCGUGGUGAUGCGCAGGCAAGCGAGACGUCGCUCAAGGCAACCGAAUCCGUGAGGCUUACUUCCACGGCUAGCUGGGCUCCCGCGAGCCGAGCCGGCAGUUCGGCGCCUGCGAGUCGGACGGUCUCCAGCGCGCAUGCAGCUCGAGCAGUCUUGUGUGAUAUUGAAGAUACCUCACGUGCGGAGUCGUCCGGAAGCACCACUGUUCCACAGCUCAUCAAUCUGGCAGCUACAGCGCCAACCUUUUCUGGGAAAGAAGAUUUGCAGCCUGAGAACAAAGGCGCGUGCGUCGCUAACAAAGAUGUCGGCUCCGCUGUGAAAGUAGCAAGCACAACGACAGUCGAAAGGGGCGGUCCGCACGGACGGAAGCGAUUACAUCACCACAACCUCAUUCCCCCUGAUGCGGAAGUCAAGCCGUCUUCUCUCGCGGACGACGCAAGCAACUGUGCGACAAAGAGUGUGAGCGAAUGCGCGGAAGCUCCAAGUCUAACCCGUAGCUCGAGAAACGGAGCUGCUACCACGACAAGGAGUCGCUCACCGACUCCACCUGCCUACAAAGCUUUGCCUGAAAAGCGUGCGCGGCCCUUUAUUCCUGGUAUUAGUAAUCGGAAAGUGACAUAUCAUCAUGGAUGCGCUAUCGGAGCGUCUUCUUCGGAAGGUAGUCAAUCCAUCAGUGUCGAUGUGCUCUCGAGACUGCAGCAGUUUCAACAACAGAACCGCACCGAUAUCAACGUGCAUGUGAACACAGUAGGGUCGGCUUCAUCACGUGAUAACGCUGCUCGUGCACUAUUAUCCGAAAAAAAUCUGCAAUAUCCUGUGAUAAAAAUUUCCAGUGAUUUCUUGUCGCCAAAAGAGCCGGCCGCUGAUGCAGACCAAGCUGCGGCAGGUGGGGUGACGAGACACUCGCCACGCGCUCAGAGGCUCGGACCACCUGGUGUUAUCACCCGCAUCGCGAACGGCCGCAUCUGCGCUGCGACUGAGAGUGAGAACGAGCCGGCGGUUUAUCCUCCAAACUCGGAUCGAAAGGGCUAUGCGCGCGAGCUGAAGCUGCAGUCGCUACAAAGCCGCCGAGCCGAGAAAAAGCGGCGGCAGGGGCUCGAAGAACAAGGCGGCAGCAGCUCCUCGACGUCGGUUGCUGCGCGACCACGCGAUCCCCCCUCAUGCUGGGAAGGUUCCGCCUCAGCUACGGCAGAUCGGACGCGAGAAAAUCACAGGAGAACGGAAGCGGCGACUCAAGGUGGAGGAUCACGUCGACACGACGAGGAAUCCGUGAUUUCGAAACAUAGUGGCUGCUCGGGGACAACGAGGACAGGCGCCGAAGAGACAGGCAAGGCAUCCAAGGUGUCAAUACUACUGCCACAGAACUUCAAAGUCGAAGACGGAAAAAGUGCAGGCUUUCUUCACCGCAUUGUUGCAAAGACGGGUGAGGGUAUUUCAGGAGAUGCAACAAAGUACCGAUUUUCGCGUGGGAUGCUAGUGCCACCGAAUGUGAAUGCUCACGUGGCGGGUACAGGAAAUUCGCAACCGAUUUCUUCUCCGUAUCGGGCUCGAUUGUCGACCGGUCGAAAGAUACUACUGUCUCCAGAGAAGGACGGCGUCGACAUCUUAAGUCUGGACUCCGCAAGUUCUUGUUCUCCCUCGACAUCUCUCAAAGACAACACCACGAUUAGGCAGCAAGGCCAUGCGGGCACGCAGGGAAAUGGUUUUGGCGGUCCAUCAUCUCGAGGAGACGUCAGCAGAAGCACAAGUAAGGACGUGACUACGCGGGAUUUUGUGGAAUUGGCUUCUAAACAGACGAGUCCAACUGAAGUUGUGGCGCCUCCAUCAUCAAGCAGCCUCAUGUUCUAUCCAAGCCGUUUCAGUGACGAGGAGUCAGACAACAACUUUAUUGUCAUGACCUCAGUGGUUGGGGCUGCGGAGUUGCACAGCAUGCAUCCAGAGCGAAAGAACUAUUCUACAACACCCGCACUUCAUCACCAGAAGCAAAUAGUGGGCACGUCAGUGGAAACCGCAAGAGGCGUCGGCUCUAGCAUGCGAGCGACUGGCGGUACUGAUCAGAACACCAUUACUGUCGCAUACGAGCCCACUCGCAGUAGUGGCGAAUGCGAAGGUGUCGAACACAGGCAGGUUAUUGAUCCUGUAAUACGAACACCGCUAGAAGACGAUCGACACGCCGUAGAGACUGAAGUUGUCUACGCACCACUGCACCAAGGGGAAAGAGCAAUCGUAUCGAGUGUUGAAAAUUCUAGUCUUCCGAAGACAGCCGCUGGCUUGUCGGGUUUGCUGAGCAGGGAGCGAGAGGGUUCGACGCCAGCAGAGCGGCGAGGAGAGUCCAUGCAUCUCCUGCCUUCGGCGGGUAGUAGAGGCAGCACUCCAGUUGCCUUCCAAAGUGUAGAAGUGUUACCACAGGAAGGAGACCGUUUCUUCCCGGAAGGUUCAACAGGAUCGCAUCCGGAGAGACAAAACAAGAUUAUUUCUAAUAUGCGAGCUUCCUUCGAGGCUAGUAAGGAGCCUAGCACAAGUGAGUGCGUCGUUUUCAGACCAAGCGAUAAUAGUGCUGGUUCAUCGUCUGAGCACGAACACCACAUCUCCAUGAAGCCUGGUACAGAUGGUAGUUUCGAAGAACAGGCUGCCGCAAAAGAUCGGAAACAAGACGGCUUUGCGCAUCUGCUAAGGGAGUUCGAUCGCGAAAAGAUUCUGGUCGUUUUGAAUGAGAAGCUAGUGUCUCACGGACCAGCAAAAAGCUCUCCUGUCUAUCCUGAGGACUCCUCCGUUGCGGGUAUGUUCAACUCGCUCUUGCCAUCACAUGUCAAUAGUGCCAGUCAGAACCACGCGAACCACGGUGCAAUAUUUGUUCCUCCAGGUCAUGUGGAGCCUGUAGUAGAUGUUCUACAGCAGGAACUAGACGAGAAGACCUCUGAACAAGGGAUAGCAGAAGUCGUUGCAGGUCAACAUCCGCACAUGCAAAUAGCGUCAUCGCCAGCUGAGAAUGAAGACAGUGCAUCAGUUGAUAGUCUGGUGCCCAUCACUUCUGGCGUUGGACUCUGGAACAGAGGAAGUCAUUUGAUGACUCGUCGUGUAGUUGAGCCGUCUUCUCAUCUACUAGUACGCGCAGCAGAGAAGUUAGUACCUGUACCUCGACCUGAGACUCCAGACCAUGCAGCAGAGAUCGUAGUACCUCCUGUACCCCCAGCUGAGACUCGAGACCACUCACCGAGUUGUACUAGUCAGUUCAGUGGAAAGCAAGUGGUUCCAGCAUCAGCCGCUUUGCGAACCUUUCGCGGUCUCUCACGGGAUCGACAGAGGCGGAAGAUGCCUACUGACACUGGACUGGACACACUGCGUCGUGACGCAUCAAGAUCUCGGGCAGACGCAGUAGCUGGUCGGGCGUUUUCGAAGAGCGAGGUAUCAUGUAGUCCUCUUUUUCGACAGUCAGGAUAUGGUAGUAGUGUAGCGAGGCACUUUCUCAUUGGGAUUGGUUUUUCCGAUAGUCUUGUUCGGCUUGAUCUUCUAUCAGAAGUCCGUAUCAUGACUUACAAACAGGAAAACAGCACUAGCACUUCCGGUUGGGGCAAGCCAGAAAAUCCUUUCGCAAACCUGGACCCUAACGCGGUCUCGGUCGCUGUUUCUCCUUCCGACGGUUCGGUUGUCGUCGACGGAUCAAGUGGUGGAAACGUUGGCUUCGUUCUGCGAGGUUCCUCUCCAGGAGAGGCCCCCGAGUUUGCGUUGGAUGAGAUUCAGAAAAAUGCUGAGGUAGAGGAGGAUCCCUUUCUGGUGUCUUUUUCUGCCGCGGAGAAGAGCACAGCAGUUUUGUGGCCAGAAGUCCAACUCGGGGUCGAAGAGGCAGUACAGCCCGACUGCGGUUCUCUGCAAGAAGAUGAACUAGAGUCGGCGCCGCAGGAUAUGUCAGUAGAGAAGAGGAGUGAUCAUGAUGCGAGUAAGCCGAAUAUUAAAAUGAAGAUAGAACAACAGCAACAAAAUGAGAAUUCGUCAAGGGAAGGGUCGCGAUCCCCGCGAUUUGGAAAGAGCACACCAGACGAGCACAGCGACGCUGCAGAUUCUUCGAAAGAUUUUAUCGGGCUCCCACGUGCAUUUGUUUCAGACGAGAUUCAGCUGGAAUCGCGACCACGGACACCUGAGGCAAUGUUGCGGGGUGUGCGAGAAGCAGAAUCGCGGCAACUACCCGAGAAUACUGCUAUGUAUCGAGAAGUCGGAGGAGAGAGGACGGCUCUGAUGAUGCUUGACCACAGCGUGAGUAGCGGUAGCGAGCAAAGGAAAGUUGUCUCAUUGGAGGAAAUCGAAGCAAUGUAUCUGAGCCGCCGACAGGGAGUGGAUACGAAGAUAGAUACCGGUGUUUCCCCAGGACCAGGCGAAUCACUGCGGUCUCUGUCAGGUGCGCCGCCGCCACCAGUUUUGCACAUCAAUCAUCCAGAUCGAUCUCUUCCGCACGGGGAACCUACAACUAGAACAGGCCACCAGGAUCGACCCCAAAGAGCAGUUAUCGGGGACUCGCCUGCGGCAUCCCUUCUGUCGUCUUCAAGCAAUCAGGAAUUUAGCAUUGCGGGAAGCUAUGAUGACGGUGCGGGCGGAGGCUCUUCUAUGGGCGAUGCAGGCGUUGACAGCUAUGUCGCGACUCUGAACGAACCCGAAUCGCUGCAGGAUGCUUUCGCGCGAAAAUUUGCGGAUCGUUUUGCGAAGAACAAGGCUCGCGCAGAAGCGCGGGCGCAGCGGAUUGCCCUUCGGCGGGAACAGCAGGGUGGGAAGCUUGAGGGUCGGAUCAGGGAUAAGCAUGACCACAGUACCAGAUUGCGUGGUCCUGCUGGUGGUGGAAGCAGCAACCAUCUGCAGAGACAGUCUGCGUUGACCCGGGCAACAUCGAGGAGGCAUCCUCUGGGUAAUCUCAGCUCGACUUCGAGUACACCGUCGGAAGACCAUAAAAAUGCGGCUACUGAGUACUUGCUUCAUGUUCCGUCUGGAGGACGUGAGAGUAAGGCUCGUCCACGGAGCAUGAGCGCCAAUCUCUACGGAAGUAAAAGUAAACCGAAAUUAUAUUCAGAGAGGCAGCACCAACAAGCGCAAGAAGGUACAACUGUACUGAAAGCAGGAGGUCAACGCACCAGAAAGGAACAGCAUCGACAUUGUUCAUCAAAGCAGUUAGAUUCGAUCGGAAGCGUGGACUCGAUUGAUUUCGGUGGUGGCGUUCUGAGCAUUCCGUUUCCUAAGCGCAAUGGGCGAGCGUCCUCUUCACCGACUGCGGCGUCGCGACGACAGCAGCAGAUGCAGAUCGCGAAAAUGAAUGGAGCUGCAACAAAUGUGCAAGUCGACCAGAGAACUUCAGGUCGCAAAAUAACUAGCACAGAGCAGCCUCCUGGUGCAAGCACUGUGAGAAACCACGCGAAAACGCCUGCUGAGCGAGUUUCGAGCCGGACAGCAACACCCGCUUCACUGACCUCUGGAAAAAACCUAGGGAGUGGUCACGAUACCCAAAAAGAUAGAGACGGCGAUGAUGCAAGGGCGACUGCUUCUCCGACGCUGUCCGCGUACAAGCGGGGCCGUGAUUACGGUGAGGCAGUGCGAAAAGCUCAGAAGGCACGCUCGGAAUCUCGAAGUGCAAGUCCACCUCCCAGACGAGACCUUAUACCGCCGAAGCUGCCAAGAGAUGACGCGUUAACUACAGGAGUUCCCUCAACUAAUACUACUUAUGUGGAUACACCGCAACUACAACUACAAGCUGGCAAUCGUUACAAUUUUUUUGAGGGGCUUGUGUCGGCUUCGCCAUCUGACGGAGAGGACAUGAUAGAAGAGGAAAGGCAUGGCGGAGGUUCCGCAGCAGUGUCGAGGCAGAACCCGAAAUCUUCACGAGUAUCUUGUGCUGGACCAAACAAGAACAAAGCCACGAAUAGCACAACUCCUCCAACCGGCGUGAGAGCACAGGCAGAGGACCAUGUAGGUGGAGUGAAUGAGCAGAAUUGUCAGGAGGCGGCGAGUACUGGAGCGUGGGUGGAGCAACAGAGCCGGCGAACGGGAGGAACUGGCGAUGCAGGUGGUCGACUUGAUUUUUCUCCAGGCCGGCGAUUUGCUCGAAGAAGUGAAGGAAUAGUAGAUGAGACGCCUGUCGAAUCCGCUGCUCCUGAUUUUGGGGCGCGAAAAUUGACAACGACAUCAAAUAGCAACCGCAAAGCAGAAGGAUUGGACAAAGUGGCAGAAGAAGAGCUGGAACAGCAAGUACCAGGUGUCGUAUCCUCUUCUGGUCGCAGGGCUAUUGCGAAGCAAGAGGAUGCAAAGGCACACGACAGCUCUGCUACAGAGUCGGUCUCGGAGGAGUGUUUGAUGUGCAACCAGCGUGGGGAAGAAAUGGGAGAGCAUUUUUGCAAGCCUUGCGAACGCAAGAUGUACGCUGAUAUCAAGAACAACUUUGUCGCGGAAAUGACCGAUCUUUUCCAGAAGGGAAAGCUCAAUAGCACGUCGCUGGCCCCUUCUUCUACUCGUGCAUUGUAGUGAGUCGUGCACCGGCUGGUAGCUCCGUCUAGUACCUUCUGGUUGUAUCCAGUGGAAAUAAUGAACGCUGCAUUUUUACGACAGAAGCACACAUGUUGGUUUUCUUCACUUGAUUUUUCUCGUGCAGUGAAUAGACGUGUCAUGAUGAUUGCGUUCAUAAAGUUGAAGGAACUUGCAUGAAAAUCGGGCUUGAGCACAGAAUUGCACAGAUAAGAGGGCUGCAUGGUAGAGUAGUGUUGCGCUCGAACACAUUGUCUAGAUCUGAAAAUGUUUGCCUCAUGAUAAAAGUAAGCUAGAAAUAAUGUCAUUUUCUGUUUCUCUGUCUGGCUGCACACAGGGUCACACAACUUUAACGCACAAUUAUUUGUUUGUUUUGAUUCCUUGUUCAACUUGUUUAUUCAUACGACUUAGACCACAGUCACAUCGUUCAACAUUGGGCUAUUUUUCAAAUAGAGCACACUACCUCGAGCAAAAGAAUGAGCCUUAUAUCUCGUUUUUUCGAUCAUUCUUUUACGCAGCUUUGUCAAAGUAUCUUGAACAUUCUUGCAGACGGAAGAACGGGGCUUGUGACUGUAGUUUGACCGGGGGAGAAGAGAAUCGUAGCCACUCGUACUACAUCACCAACAGGAUUUCUAUCGAAAAGGUAUGGUAAUUCGGACCGGAGAUCGGGAAAGUCGACCGUUCGCGCAUGUCAGAGCCGGUGCAGAGGUUUUCCUAGGAAUCUUUUCUUUCCGUCCAGGUGCAUUCCAUGAAGGAGAACCGAGGGUGAGGAGUC